GGAGCAGUCGGAACCUCUAAGCAAAAUGGCAACAAAUUACGCGGAUGUUUACGUCAAAUUGCCUUCUGGAAGGGUGACUAAAUUGGACCUUCUCCCAAGCAGUCAGGUGAAGGAGAUCUACCGCCGGGUGGCAGAGGAGGAAAAGGUCCGCGAAGCUCAGGUUAAGAUCAAAUAUACAGGAAAGGUACUGAAGAAAACGGAUACCAUCGGGUACUUGGGCAUCUGUAAAGAGACCAUUCUAAAAGCAGAGAUCACAGCGAUUAAGAAGAUUAACAUCACCAUUAGGAAAGAUGAUAAAAUUUACCCGGUGUGUCUUGACAAUGUGUCGUCGGUUACUACUCUCAAAGAGUGCAUAGAGUAUAAGGAAGGCACGGCACCAUCGAAGCAGAUUCUAAAGCACGACGGGGUCCAGUUGACAGAAUGUGGUAUUAGCUUGGCUGAUAUGAAGGUGACUGAAGGGUCGGUUGUUGAGCUGAAGAUCCGAUCUGACAUAAUACCUGACGCAACAGAAUCAUCUGCUUCAACUAAAAUAAAUAAUGAUCCUGAAGAAGAAUGCACUGAAGAACAAAUAGAGGGGUUGCUAUCCACCUUCCACACAGGAGGACGGAACAUAGAAGUAGUCUUCUCGUUUGAUACAACUGGAAGCAUGUAUCCAUGUCUCAGCAAGGUCCGGACUAAACUUGAUGAAUCUGUGCGGCGGCUGCUCCGUGAUAUCCCUAACAUCCGCAUUGGGAUCAUGGCCAUGGGUGACUACUGUGACUACAGCAAGUAUGUUGUCAAAAUGAAAGAUCUCACCACUGAUAUCCAGCAGCUAGUAGAUUUCGUCAGUGAGGUGCCUGCAACCAGCGGAGGGGACGCACCGGAGGCAUAUGAAUGGGUGCUGCACAAAGCUCAGCAGUUAGAUUGGUCUGAAGACUCCGCCAAAGCGUUGGUAGUGAUCGGGGAUGAGGUACCACACCAACGCUCAUAUACAGACCAGAAUACCAACUGGCAUGAUGAACUGGAUGUUUUGAGAGGCAUGGGAGUCAAGGUAUACGGAGUUCAGGCACUCAACAAUGACUCGUCGACUUUGUUCUACGAAGAACUUGCAGAUAGAACUGGUGGCGCUCACCUACGCUUUCAACAGUUUAGUCUUAUCACAGACAUGUUCUUGGCAGUUUGUUACAAAGAAUCAAGUCCCGAACAGUUGCAGGCAUUCUGUGACGAAGUCGGGGAAGAAGGCCGCAUGACGGAGGAAGCUAAGGAAAUGUUUGAAAAGCUUGAAGAAGCCCAACAGUCAGAUAGUAAAGAAGAAGAGGAGGAGCAACGAGACCAACCAAAACGGUAUGUGGGAAAGCCAUGGUGGGAUCCUGAACUUGACAGUUCCAAAAAGCCCAUGUAUUGCUACGACGUCGCCACAGACAUGUGGUCUCCGCAAUGGAAGAAAGACAGAUCAGAAACAUCUCCUGGUCGAGCAUAUCCAUGCCCAAUGGGAGAUCUUUCCAUUCCUGUUGUAAGCACUGGAGGUGGGGAUGACCAACCCCCGUCUGCCGUUAGCACCAGAAAAUCAGAGUCCGUCUGGAAGAGAAUUAAAAGGAGAUUCUCUCUGAGAAAGAGGAACCAUUGAGAUUGACAACGAUAAUGGAAAUAGUAAAAACGGAAAACGCUGUGCUAUGCAUUUACUCGCAAGGAUUAUUCAAUGGGCAUUCAACCUGGGGCCAGGAAAUGGGGUCUAGGAGUAUCGCCGACAUAUAGUAAAGGCCCUAAAAUACGCUUGCCUGUGUUUUAUUUUAUAACUGCAAAGGAGAAUUCGUACUUAUAUAAGACCAUUGGCGGAAUCCAAGAGGCUGUUUUUGUGACAGCAUUGGGUUCGGGAGCAGAAUGAAAAUGCUCUUUUUCAUGAUGAAUAGGUGAAAACAUUGCACACAUGUACUUCGUAGUUUUAAAGUUCCGACCAAAAUAGUUGCAAGUCAGCCGGACGUACUAACUUUGAUAACGAGAAUAACUCACAGGUGGCAAAACCAGCUUCAUUCAGACCUGCCAUUUUGGAGGAAAAACGCGAACUAAAAUCUCGUCUUUCUCUAAGAGGCUACUUAUAUCAAUAAAUCUGGUUUGGGAGCAAACAUAUUUGCGAGAACUUUUGUAACUGGUAUAUCAUCUAUAAGAUAAUUUUUACUUUGACCCUAAAAUUAUUGUCAUGAAUUCAAAAACUAAGGAUGAGGGGUAGAAAAUCUACUAUAACCAUAAUUCAUGCAAUUGUGGUCAGCUACAUAAAUGAACAUGACUGCGCCAGCCUCAAUCUGGUUGCACUGGGCAUAGUGCAGUGGGCAUCCCUCCAACUUCCUUGCAAUGCAGUGUCAAGUGACAUUAUGUUGAAAAAAAAUAGUACCUUUGCACGACAUUAUUCUCUUGACAGUGUUAUCGCUCAUUAGCAACCAAAGCCAUGUAUUAUCUGCAAAAUGAAGUAGGUAAUAGGUAUUCCAUUGACUUGCAUGUGUAUAUCAUAGCGGUCCUCAAAGUCGCCCUCUUUUUCCAAUCUCAGUUUGCCAUAACAAAAAAGCGAGUUCAGUUGAGAUGUAACCCACCAUCAUAAGUUGGAGAACGUAGUUGAGCCAAUUCUCGGUGCAGCGUUUGACAUGUUUGACGGUAUAACAGCCCAGCUGACGUAGCUAGUGUUACAUAUAUAUUUGUAUAAGGUACCCAUGGCAACAGUUUCUUAGUAACAUCCUGGUCAACCAAUGCCAGGCUCGGUUACGUAACCCGCCAUGAGGUACCACGGAGUUCGAGAGAUUAGCCUUGGCUCCCAUCAAGGAAGGAGCAAAAUAAAUGAUAUAAAAGAGACAUACGUGUUGUCCGAAUUGAAAGGAGCAGAGGAACCUGGAGGGCGCUAGCCCAUAUAUUACACUAGAUCAACCGUUAGGCUAAAUGACGCAGAGUGAAUAAUUUGUGUAUCGUGUACAUGUAUUUAUGUAAAUAAUGAAUAAAUAGUAUUACUCAA